ACACACUGCCCUCUCCAACAAGAAGUCAACGGAUUCCCAGGAUGUAAGCGAUAUGGGACUGAUAUGAUGCUGCUUCUUGUAUUUAGCCCCUGGUGCAGUCAGUUUUCUAUGCUGAAAUCAUUCUGAAAAUCCAAAACCCAAGACUUCAUUCAACACUCAAGGAAAACCAAAGCCAUUGGAGGAGAGAGAAAGCCAAAGGCCUUUUGUUCCAAUUUUUUCACUGUCCCUUUUUUCCCCCAACUCUCUUCCCAAACAAUCCCUCGCACACACACAGCGAGACAGCAUGGCAAGCAAAAGAAAAUCCACAACCCCCUGCAUGGUGCGGACUUCACAAGUAGUGGAACAAGAUGUCCCCGAGGAAGAAAACAAAGCCAAAGAGAAAGGAAUUGGCACUUCACAGCCUGAUGCGCCCAAGGACAGUUGGGUGGCGGAAUCUGAAGACGCUUCCAAAGACAACGAUGUGAUCGAGGUGAAGUCCACUGGGGAAGAAAGUCAGUCCAAGAAACUCCAAGGUGGCUACGAGUGCAAGUACUGCCCCUACUCCACACAGAACCUGAACGAGUUCACCGAUCAUGUGGACAUCCAGCACCCCAAUGUAAUCCUCAACCCCCUCUACGUGUGUGCCGAAUGUAACUUCACAACCAAAAAGUACGACUCCUUGUCCGACCACAACUCCAAGUUCCACCCGGGUGAGGCCAACUUCAAGCUGAAGCUGAUCAAACGCAAUAAUCAGACGGUCCUGGAGCAGUCCAUAGAGACCACCCCCCACCUCGGGUCCCUCGCCACCAGUGGCCCUGUGGUGGGCGAGCAUGACCCUGGCAUCCCGGUGAGCAAGACCCCCAUCAUGAAGCCAGGGAAACCAAAAGUGGAUACCAAGAAGGUGCCCAAAAAGCCCGAGGAGGUGACACCUGAGAACCACGUAGAUGGUGGGACAGCCCGCCUGGUGACCGACGCUGCUGAGAUCCUCUCCAGACUAGGGAGCAUAGAACUGCUCCAGGACUCAUUAGGGCAUGUGACGCCUUCCGUUCAGCUCCCACCAAAUAUCAAUCUUGUCCCCAAAGUCCCUGUCCCUCUGAAUACUACCAAAUACAACUCCGCCCUGGACACCAAUGCCACCAUGAUCAACUCCUUCAACAAGUUCCCCUACCCGACCCAGGCGGAGCUGUCCUGGCUGACAGCUGCUUCCAAACACCCUGAAGAGCACAUCCGAAUCUGGUUUGCCACCCAGCGCUUAAAGCAUGGCAUCAGCUGGUCCCCUGAGGAGGUGGAGGAGGCGCGGAAGAAGAUGUUUAAUGGCACCAUCCAGUCUGUACCCCCGACAAUCACUGUGCUGCCUGCCCAGUUAGCCCCAACCAAGAUGUCACAGCCCAUCCUCCAAACGGCUCUGCCAUGCCAGAUCCUCGGCCAGACGAGUCUGGUGUUGACUCAAGUCACCAGUGGCUCCACCACUGUCUCUUGCUCUCCCAUUGCACUUGCUGUGGCUGGCGUGACCAACCACAGCCAGAAGAGACCUUUAGUGACCCCUCAAGCUGCCCCAGAGCCCAAGCGUCCACAUGUGGCCCAGGUGCCAGAGCCUUCACCUAAGAUCAUCAACCCUCUGCAGUCCUCGGCCAGUGACCGAAAGAAAACAAAGGAGCAGAUCUCACACCUCAAAGCCAGCUUCCUUCAGAACCAGUUCCCUGAUGACGCCGAGGUCUGCCGGCUCAUUGAUGUGACCGGCCUGGCCAGGAGUGAGAUCAAGAAGUGGUUCAGCGACCACCGAUACCGGUGCCAGAGAGGCAUCGUCCACAUCACCAGCGAGUCAGUUGCCAAAGAGCAGCUGGCUGUCACGACCCCCCAGCAUGGUCGUACAUACCACCCCUACCCAGACUUGAACCCCAUGAAGUUCAAAGAGAAAAGCCAGGGUCAGGUGAGAAUUCUAGAAGACAGCUUUCUGAAAAGCUCUUUCCCCACCCAAGCAGAACUGGAUAGGCUCCGGGGGGAGACCAAGCUAAACAGGAGAGAAAUCGAUUCCUGGUUCUCAGAGAGGAGGAAGCUUCGGGACAGCUUGGAGCAAGCAGUCCUGGAUUCCAUGGGAUCCAACAAGAAAGACCCAGAGGUGGUGUCCCCCAAUGGUGCUCUGUCUCGACUUGACCAGCUUUCUGGUGCCCAGUUAGCCAGCUCUCUGCCCAGCCCUUCCCCAGCUAUUACAAAAAGUAAAGAGCAAGUGCAGCUCCUCAGAAGCACAUUUGCAAGAACCCAAUGGCCUACUCCACAGGAGUAUGACCAGUUAGCAGCCAAGACUGGCCUGAUUCGAACUGAAAUUGUGCGAUGGUUCAAAGAGAACCGAUGCUUGCACAAAACCGGCACUCUGAAGUGGGUGGAACAGUAUCAGCCACAGCUUGUGGCAGAUGACCAUGCCUAUGAUACCCUCUCAAGGAAAGCAGCCAAGGGUGUCGUGGCUGAGAGCCCAAAGAACGAGAACAAGGUGGGUCCCCCCUGUGUCAAGGACCCCAAAAAGCUCUGCGAAGAGGACUCGGAGAACUUGGUGCCCAGGGCAGGCAGUGAGCAAGCCCAGAAAUGUUUGCCUGCCAAGCCCUCGGAGGCCACUGUGGACAGGUUGGAGGGGAACAGCCAGGAUGGCCAGGGCAGCGAGGAGAACCAGUCGGGCGUUGUGGAUUGGGUGGAAGUGACAGUGGGAGAGGAGGACGCCAGCUCGGACAGGUCAGAUAGCUGGAGUCAGACUGCAGCCGAGGCCACCGCAGAACUGGCUGAAUCCGACUCCGACACGGCCCCUGCCGAGGCUGGCCACACCUAGACAGGUGCUUUGUCCAAACUGCUGUGCUGAGAAAGGAGACACUUCAUCUUGGAUGAAAGAAGAGAACUUCCAUCCCCAGCCACCAGCCACCCUGGCCAGAGACUCCAAAUGGAAUGACUUAGUAGCUCGUGUGCCUGCAGGGUCCUUGAACCCAGAGGACUGGAAGGGACUUCCUCGUGCCAAAGUCCUACUACUGCAUUUUCAAUGGGUUCUUGUAAAUAGUUUGCUCUUCUGCACAGCCCCACCUCUGGAACUGAUUUGUACAAUGUGGGAAUUUUGUUACCUUUUUUUUUUUUUUAUCAAGGGCAACUUCCUUUUCCAGCACUAUCAUUGAAAGUGGGUUUGUUGCUUCCCUGGAGGGGGACCCGGAUCUACCCUCCUAUACUUUUUCUCUUUUUCUUUUUUCAUUUGUAUUCUUUGGGGGUGGGGGGAAGGUUAGCAUUAGUGUCCGUAUAUCUACUGGAUUUUAGAUAGGGAAGAAUUCAUUUUUAAAAGGAGUUGGAAAUUUGGGAGAUUUCAGGGGCAAGGGAAGGGCUAAGAUUGGGGCAUUGACAGCCCCUGAAAGAGUUUUGCUCUUUCAAAGCAACUGAUUUCCAGUUCUUCUCUCCCCACUUACAGGGGUCCUGGUUUAGUCCAGCGGUGACUUUCAGAACUGCUAAGCAGUUCUUCUGAACUCAGUUCAGAACUGAGUCUAGUAUGCCAACUGCCUGGCCUGCCUGGCCCAGGGGGACUGGUGGCAGGUGACUAUCUCCAGCACCUUCUAGAAACCUGCAGAAAGAAUUCCUGAGCUGGUCAGUGUCAUCAUGACACAUGCAACAUUAAAGCAAAAGGAGUUCUUCCUAUCUGAUGAUACAAAGAUAGCCAGCCAUGAUUGGUUUUCCUCUCUGUGCCUAGCUGCCUUUUCCCAGAGUGGCAUUAGACAAGAUAUCAGCUUGAGGCCUCACCAUGAAUUGAUUCUUUGUUUUGUGUGUUUAUUUGGGGCCAAUUUAAGAUUCCUGGGUACACUCCCACUGCCCCCAGUUAGUCCUAACUUUUAAACAAGGAAAACCAAGAGGCCUACCUGAUGUGAAUGUUGCAAUAUGAACUGUGUUUGCAAUCAUCCUCCUCACCCCCUACACUGCCCCCACCUUGUUUGAGUACACUGCACAAAUAAAAUACUAGGGAGUUUGAACAAAGUCAUUUUUUUCUAACUUGUUGCUCAUUUGUUGUAACUCAAUAAAGCAAAGACUAAACGUUUUUAUAA